AUGGAUAAGAAAAUUAAAGCAGUGCAACUGAAAAAGAGGAUCGCUCUGGAGAACAUAAAAUCGCUGGAACGGUUCCAGGCGAAAUAUUCGAGUGAUGAUGCCAAGCAGAUUCCGGAGGCGUUAGAAGAUCUGGCGAAACAUAAGGAAGAGUUUUUCACCGCAGUUUCGAAACUGGAAGAGCUUGAAGAUAAAGAUGAAGCGGUCGAAGCCAGCAUAAUGGAACGGAUCGACAUUGAAGAACGCUGUCGCAAGCUAAAAUCAUUUCUACGGGAAAGACAGCCAAAGGAAGAAGGUUCGCUCAACGAUACAACGGGCUUGGCUUCCUCAACGCUUGCAUUCGGUCGACCCCACGCGCCAAAUUUACGUUUGCCCAAAAUCGAACUUCCAACAUUUGACGGAGAUCACACAAAAUGGCUUUCUUUCCGAGAUCGAUUCAUCGCAAUGAUCGACGCUUCAGCCGAGCUUCCAUCUAUCGCGAAGCUACAAUACUUACUGUCAUCGUUGAAGGGGGACGCGGCGGUACCCUUCGAGCACACACCUUUAACGUCGGACAACUAUUCGGUUACCUGGGCGGCGCUUCUUAAACGGUACGACAAUUCUCGUCUUUUGAUUCGCGAAUACUAUCGCAAAUUGCACUACCUUCCGGGAGUGCAAUUGGUGUGCGUUGACAAGCUCACGCACCUGGUGGAUGAAUUCAUCCGCUUCGUCAACGGGUUGAAAAAGCUAAACGAACCGGUUGACUCGUGGGACACACCCCUCUCAAACAUGCUGCUGAUGAAGUUGGAUCGAGAGACAUUGUUGGCUUGGGAGAAACAUUCCGUGCACUUCACGACGGACAAAUAUAAGGAUGUGAUCGACUUCGUGCAAGAUCGUAUCCAAAUCUUGAAAUCGACUAACAACUUUGUGAAGGAUCAAGCAGCUAGUGGUAUCAAGGUGGCCGGUCUCAUUCGUCAACCAGGGCAACGGAGAUUCAUCGCGAAUGCAGCUACAUCUCGCUCGGCUCCUGCUGCAUCAACUGCGCACACCCAACAGCCAAAGUGUCCAUUGGAGUGUUCCGAAGACCACAUACUGCGCAACUGUCCAGUGUUCAUCGCCAAGGAGGUCCAACAGCGACGGGACGUCGUCGCAUCGAAGCGGCUGUGCUGGAACUGUUUGAGCAGCAAUCAUCAGGUUAGAGCGUGCAAGUCGGAUUAUUCGUGUCGCACGUGUCGUGAGCGUCAUCACACACUUCUACAUCAUUCACCACCCUAUGCUCCACCCGCAACGGUAACAUUGUCAGCUCAGUCGAAUGAAGACAAUGUGUUUCUGGCGACGGCAAACAUCCAGAUCAAGGAUGACUACGGGAACACUCAUGAAGCAAGGGCUUUGUUGGAUUCGGGAUCCAUGUCGAAUUUCAUCGCUGAGGAGUUCGCACGGAAACUGUUGACGAGUCGCAAAAGGGUCAACGUCGCUGUAUCGGGCAUCGGCAAUGCAGUACAGCAGAUCAAGGAUUCCAUCGUCGCUACCGUUCAGUCCAAGCCACAACCCUUCGCAACGGAGAUGACUUUCUUGGUUCUGGACACGCCAUCCGCAAACAUCCCUACAUCACCAACGGACGUCUCUUCAUGGAAAAUGCCGGACGUGGCAUUGGCGGACAGCACCUUUAACAGUCCGGGGCAAAUCGACAUCGUCAUCGGAGGCGAUACGUUCUGGGAGCUCCACACCGGUCGCAAGCGCUCUAUCGGUAGAGGCAAACCGUGGCUGGUCGAAACCCAUUUUGGUUGGGUUGUCACCGGCAACACUCAUCAUUCGUCCAUCGGUCCGCGGCUGUGCCAUCUAUCUGCAUACGACACUCCACUGGAGGAGACCAUGCAGCGGUUCUGGGAGAGUGAAACCAUAGCCGAGGAUCCUGUGCUAUCGGUUGAGGAGAAUACUUGCGAGAAGCAUUUCGCAGCAACAACUGUUCGCAACUCAAGUGGAAGGUAUGUCGUUAGUUUGCCAUUUAACUCCAACCCUAAUAUCGUUUUAGGAGAGUCGAAGGAAAUAGCCGAUCGCAGACUGCGUUGUAUCGAACGGCGGUUGAACACCAAUGCUAAAAUGAAAGAAGAGUAUGUGAGAUUUAUGAAAGAAUAUGAGCAUUUGGGGCAUAUGAAGCGGCUUACCAGUCCUGCAAACGAUUCGGUAGAGCAUUACUACCUCCCACAUCACGCUGUCGUUAAAGAGUCAAGCACAACCACGAAGGUGCGUGUCGUGUUCGAUGCAUCCUGUAAGACUUCGAGUGGUUACUCAUUGAACUACAAACUCUUAGUGGGACCAGUCGUUCAAGAAGAUCUUUUAUCGAUUAUCCUUCGGUUUCGUUCUCGUGCCAUUGCUCUCACUGCAGACGUAGAGAAGAUGUAUCGGCAAAUUUUACAUAGCCCUCAUGACCGUAACUAUCUGCGCAUCCGGUACAGAGAACAUCCUGCAGAUCCUAUAUCGACAUUUGAGCUACAGACGGUUACGUACGGCACAGCCUCUGCUCCAUUUUUGGCAACCAGGACCCUAAAACAGAUUGCUCUUGACCACAAGGAAGAGUAUCCUGUGGCAAUGAACGCGGUCAUGAACGAUUUUUACGUAGAUGAUUUGCUAACGGGUACCGAUGAUUUGUCCGAAGCAAUCGUAAUACAAAGGCAAAUCUCAGACAUGCUAAAUUCAGCUGGUUUCACGCUGAAGAAAUGGGCAUCGAACCGCACCGAAGCAUUGCAGAACGUUUCUUCAGAAGAUGUGGCGGUACAACUCACGCACGAGUGGAAGAGCUCGAAACAAGUAUCCACACUAGGCAUCGUUUGGGAACCGGCAACUGAUACACUACGGUUUCGUAUUGAGAUACCACCUACAACACCCAGCAUGACGAAAAGGUUAAUUUUGUCAUAUAUCGCCAAGAUAUUUGAUCCCCUCGGGUUACUGGGCCCAACAAUCAUCAUCGCAAAGAUGUUCAUGCAGCAACUAUGGGCUCUCAAGAUUAAUGGAAAGGCAUAUGACUGGGACAACGAACUCAAGGCGGCAGAACUCAAGUUGUGUUAUCUUUCGCAACAAGACACCUUUUCCGAGGAGAUACAACACCUGCAGAAGGGCAAAGAGAUUCCGAAGAACUCCAAACUGAAAUGGAUUUCCCCUUUCAUAGAUACGCAGGGUAUUCUGCGCAUUGGUGGCCGGCUCAGUAACGCACAUCUGUCGGAAUCAGAAAAACACCCGCCGUCGGACUUGGAACCAUUGACACCGGGACACUUUCUCGUCGGUGGCAAUCUGCAAGCGGUACCAAUCAUCGAUUACACCGAGACACCGAGCAACUAUUUGAAGGAAUACCAGUUGGUACAAAAACAUCUGCAAACCAUUUGGGCUCGAUGGUAUCCGGAGUACCUGCAGCAGUUACAAGCUCGAGCCAAAUAUUGCAACGGGAAAUCAGCGGUUCUGAAAGAGAAUACACUGGUGAUUAUUAAGGAAGACAAUGUACAUCCUACCUCGUGGCCGAUGGGGCGCAUCGUUGCAGUACACCCUGGAAAGGACGAUGUUGUUCGCGUCGUUACACUGCGCACUGCUUCAGGGAAGCAAAUCGUCCGCGCAGCUAAUCGUCUGGCGGUUUUGCCUAAGCCGGACGUAAUUAGCAACUUAGAACAGAAGGAAACCACUGGCACUGAGUAA